UAUAAUAUUUAUUGUUUAAUAUAAUAUAUUAAUAUGUAAUAUUAUACAAGUCUCAGAAAAUAAUAAUAUCUUUAUUUUGUACUAUACCUUUAUUAUAGUCGUAGUGGAACUAACUAAGUUAUAAUUGAAACAAAAUGGUUGUAAGAGCGUAUAAUGAAGAACUAGCAUAUCUAGAGAAAAAAUCUCCAUAUAAAUGGGAAAUAAAGAAAGGAUUUCAACCAAAUAUGAGGGUUGAAGGGGUAUUUUAUGUGAAUACAUUUUUGGAAAAACUUAUGUUGGAAGAGUUACAAAGUGCAUGUCGACCAGGAAUGAUCGGUGGAUUUUUACCUGGAGUUAAACAAAUUGCUAAUGUGGCUGCGUUACCUGGCAUUGUUCAUAAAUCUAUAGGGCUUCCAGAUGUACACUCUGGUUAUGGAUUUGCUAUAGGAAAUAUGGCUGCAUUUGAUAUAGAUGAUCCUCAAUCUAUUGUUUCGCCUGGUGGUGUAGGAUUUGACAUUAAUUGCGGUGUACGAUUACUCCGGACAAACUUAUUUGAAAAAGAUGUCCAGCCCAUCAAAGAACAAUUAGCUCAAGUGUUUGAUCAUAUUCCUGUUGGGGUAGGAUCAAAAGGAAUCAUACUGAUGAAUGCAAACGACUUAGAAGAAGCACUUGAAAUGGGGAUGGAUUGGUCUCUAAGAGAAGGCUAUGCAUGGGCUGAAGACAAAGAACAUUGUGAAGAAAAUUGUAGAAUGUUGAAUGCAGAUUCGUCUAAAGUUAGCAUGAGAGCUAGAAAAAGAGGUUUACCACAGUUAGGAACAUUAGGAGCAGGUAAUCACUAUGCAGAAAUACAAGUAGCUGAUGAAGCUUAUGAUAAAUGGGCAGCAAAGAAAAUGGGAAUUGAAAAUGUUGGUCAAGUAUGCGUUAUGAUACAUUCUGGAAGUCGUGGUUUUGGACAGCAAGUAGCAACUGAUGCUUUACUGGAAAUGGAAAAGGCUAUGGCACGGGACAAAAUUGAAGUUAACGACAGACAAUUAGCUUGUGCUCGUAUCAAUUCCAAUGAAGGUCAAAAUUAUUUAAAAGCCAUGUCAGCUGCUGCAAAUUUUGCUUGGGUGAAUCGAAGUUCAAUGACAUUUUUAGCACGUCAAGCUUUUGCAAAACAAUUCAAAUUGACUCCAGAUGAUUUAGACAUGCACGUCAUAUAUGAUGUAUCUCAUAAUAUUGCAAAAAUGGAACAACACUAUAUUGAUGGAAAACCUAAACACUUAUUGGUGCACAGAAAGGGAUCGACAAGAGCAUUUCCGCCUUAUCAUCCUCUUAUUCCAGUUGACUACCAACUAACCGGUCAACCAGUAUUGAUCGGUGGAACUAUGGGUACCUGUUCAUAUGUGUUGACUGGAACUGAACAGGGUAUGAACGAAAUAUUUGGGUCUACAUGCCACGGAGCUGGACGUGCAUUGUCGAGAGCUAAAUCUCGUAGGAACAUAGACUAUAAUGAUGUAUUAGAAAAAUUGCAGAAACAAGGGAUUGCCAUUCGAGUGGCUUCACCUAAAUUGGUAAUGGAAGAAGCACCUGAAUCGUAUAAAAAUGUCACUGAUGUAGUGGACACUUGUCAUGAGGCAGGAAUUAGUAAAAAGACCGUAAAAUUAGAACUAGUAUUAAAUAGUUCAUUAAAUGCCAAAAAUACACUGUUUGAUGUUUUAAACAAGUGUGCUACUAUUGGAGGUCAAAGAAGACUCCGAUCUUCUAUCCUUCAGCCAUCUAGCGAUAUUCGAUUGAUACAUAAUCGCCAAGAAGCUGUAGAAGAAAUUUUAAGCAGCCCAGAACAAAACUUUAUUUUACUUCGAGUAAUUAUUAAUUACAAUAUUAACGUACUCCAAAAAUUCACUGACGUCGAACAAUUAUAUUGGUUGUGUACAAAAGUUUCUAAAAAUACUCAACAGUUAUCUAAAUUACAAGGAAAUUAUACUUUGUUAUUAAAAACUACAUUAGAAGCAUUACCAGCUCUUGUGGACAUUUUAGAACCAUUCAAAUCUGAAUACAUUUUCUCAAUACGCAAGACAUUAUCCAAUUCUAGAUAUUCAAAAAUGUUAGAAAUAAUUGAGAUAACUAUUAAUAAAGAGUCUACUAGAUCAAGAGGAUUUUCACAAUCUCAGUUUCAAAGAUGUUUUGCUGUUAAAUCAAAUUUAAAUCCUUUACUAGACGUUGCUCGUACCAUUUAUAGUGAAUUAAUUGAAGAAUUUCAUGGUACUUAUAUAGCUGUAUACAAAGAUGAAGUAAAACUUUUAGGUGAACAAUUAGAAACGGAAUAUUUGAUUCCACAAAAUUCAUGUAAAAGAGGUUUUCAUGUCCAGGUUGAAUUAAAGAAUAUUAAAAACUUCAAUGUCAAACAUCCUCCGAGUAUUUGUAAAAAUGUUGAAUGCGUAAAAAAUAUUGUAAAAUUUACAACAGAAGAUUUAUUAGUACUAAACUUCCGUCUUACUCAAGCGUUAAAUGAAGUGGAAAUAUUGACUAAUGCAAUAUUAAAUGAAAUGCUAAAAGAGCUAAGAAAGUAUAUUAGUUGUAUAUAUGAUUUAUGUAAUGGUAUUGCCGAUUUAGACUUAAUAUUUUCAUUCACCCAAUAUAGUAUGCGUUCUGGAUUAACUAGACCAAAAUUUGGACAAUACAUGGAUAUCAAAAGUUCUAGACAUCCAAUAUUAGAUAUUAUUAAUUCGGUUGUAACAGUUGAUAACGAUAUUUUUGCUUCAACUGAUAAAAAUUUAAACAUCAUAACUGGACCUAAUAUGGGCGGGAAAAGCAUUUAUAUACGUCAAGUGGCAUUAUUACAAAUUAUUGCUCAGAUUGGAUGUUUUGUACCUGCAACAUUUGCUCAAUUUCGUAUAUGCGAUCGCUUGUUUACGAGAAUUGGUUUUGGAGACAGCAUAGAAUCGAAUGCGUCCACUUGGGUUUUAGAGAUAAAAGAAUUAAAUGGCAUACUUCCUUUACUGACUAAACAUAGUUUAGUAAUUAUUGAUGAAUUAUGUCGAGCUACGUCUUGCGAAGAAGGAUCAACUUUAGCAUGGGCAAUUUGUGAACACAUAAUGCAAUCCUGUGCUUUUAUAUUUUUGGCUACACACAGUACUUUGAUAACAAAACUUCAAGAUUUAUACUGCAAUGUAUUAAAGUAACAAAACAGUUAUACAUUUUCAUAUUAAUUAAUUCAAAUUUUUGAUGAGUAGUUUCAAAUGUAGUCAGAUUUGAAUCCAUACGUAUUACAUAAUGAUAAAGAUAAAUUAUCAAUAAUUGUUACAAGAAAAAAUAUUGAUUUUUUCAUACUUCUUCCGUCUCGAUUCGAUGUUCCAUAUUUUGG